AUGGCCAGCUACGACCCGUACGACCGGGACUAUUCCCGCCGUUACGUGCGAGAAGAGCGGCGCGACGACAGGGACCCUCGCUUCCUAGACUCGCGCGGUGACUACGGGAGAGUCUACCCCUCGCGAGACUUGGUGCCUCGCGCCCGCGAGGACAGUGACUUGUCAGUCGAGGAGAUUCGCCGCGACUUCCCUCCGCCCAGUGGCCGUGACAUUCGCCGCGCUCGCUCUGCCGAGCCUCAGUACUACGAGGACGAGUACGAUUACCGCCGCGGAUACGACUCCCGCCACGACCGUGACCGGGACCAUGACCGCCACUCUGACCGUCACGCCCGCCGCGCCGGCGGCAGCAUGUACUACGAGGAAGAGGAGCGCAGGGCCAAGCCCAAGAGCAUGUCCAAGCAGGAGAAGAUCAUUGCCGCGGUCGCCGGCGCCGCCCUCCUGGUCGGCGGCAAGGAGCUCUACGACCGCCACGAGGCCAAGACUGACGGCACCAACGUCCAGCGCAACGCGCUCUCCUCGGCGGCCCUCGCAGGUUUUGGCGCUCUCGCAGGCUACCAGGGCGCCGAGUUCUACAGCAAGCAGCAGGCCAAGAAGGAUCAGAAGGCCACCUACAUCCUGCACCGCGGCCGCGACGGCCAAAUCACCGAAUACUACUCGGACGAGGAGGAAGGCUCCAAGGAAAAGAAGGGUCACAAGAACUUCCUCGAGAGUGCCAUUGCCGCGACCGGCCUGGGUGCGGCCGUCAAGACUUUGACCGGUGGCGGCAGCGAUGACAAGCGCUCCGACACUCGCAGUCGUCGGGGCAGCCCCUCUGGGUCCCGCGCCGGCUCCCGCUCCCGCUCCCGUGGGCCCGGCACGAACAAGAUUCAGAAGGCCGCCAUGGCGUCCCUUCUAGCUGGCGCCACCGAAGCUUUUCGCGUGGCAAAGGAGCCCGGCGGUUGGAAGGGCGAGAAGACCAAGCGCAUCCUUACUGCCGCUGCGGGCGCGGCCACCGUGGAUGCUGCCCAGAGCGAUAGCCACGGCAAGCUGGGGCUGGCCGAGUCGGUCAUUGGUGGCUUGGUCGGCAACCGCCUCAUCAACGGAUCGAAAAAGGACAUUGAAGAGGACAAGCUGACUGGGAGGAGCCGAUCGCGCUCUCGAGCCCGAUCGCAGAGUGGCGGCGGCGGCGGCGGCACCGGCCUCGCUGCCCUGGCCACCGCUGGACUUGGAGCUCUCGGGGCGAAGAAGGUGCUCGACCACUCGCGGUCCCGAAGCCGCGGCCGCGACUACGACUCCAGAAGCCCCUCUCCCGAUCGUCACCGCCAGAGGAGCCGCAGCCGCAGUGUCGUCGACAAGGCUCGCAACAGCCUCGCCAAGCUCGGCAUCGGCGGCGGGGCGGUAGCGGCUGCCGACGACCACCGCAGGCGGGACCAGGACGACUUCGAUGACCGCGGGAGCUCCCGACGCUCCCGUCGGUACUCCGACGACGAGUACGACGACGACCGGGGCCAUGGCCGAAGCCGUGGGUACGAGUACGAGUCGGAGCGGUCCCAUCGCGGCAGCCGUCGGGACUCAUCCCGCCGGCGAGGCGGAAGCCGCUCCGGCUACGGGUCCGAGUCUGAUCUCGGAGACUCGGACGAGGACGAAAAGAGGCAGAGGAAAAUGCGAGGUAAGCAAAUUUUGACAACUGGUCUUGCGACGGUUGCCACCAUCCACGCAGCACACGGUGUCUACCAAAGCAUGGAGAAGAGGCGCGCGCGGCAGAAGGCCGUCAAGGAAGGCCGUCUCAGCCCCGCCGAGGCGAAGAAGCUCAAGACCAAGGCCAUCAUGCAAGACGCCGCGUCGGUCGGCAUCGCGGCCUUGGGCAUCAAGGGCGCCAUCGGCGAGAUGAAGGAGGCCAAGGAGAUGACGCACGAGUGCAAGGAAUUUAAAGAAGAAAAGGCUCGUCGCCACGAGCGACGGGAGAUGCGCAGGCAGCAAGGGCGCAGCCUCAGGGACGGCAGCAGCAGGAGGGCCGACAGCCUGCCUGCUGGCCCGCGGUCUCGGUAUGGCGGCAACGAGUCUGACGAAGAGGAUGACUACGGGCCGCGAUACUACGACGACAACCCGUACAACGCGGGCAGGCUUCCCGCCCCGCCUAUGGGAUACCGUCCCUGA